CCGCGGGAACACUGCGCGCACUGACCGGGGACCUGGGUAUCUGGGGCCCGCCGGACGGCACCCUCGCCGCCUGCCCCGCCGGGGUCCUGGGCUCCCGCUCCCCGGGGAGCAGCCGCCGGGACGCAGGGCGAUGUGGGCUGGGGCCCGCCGCGGUCCCCGGGGCAGCCGGGCGCAGCCGCUCGCGCCCCUCUGGUGCCUCUCGGCGGCGCUGGGAAUGAUGCUGGGCUCCCCCGCCUCGCAGGCGUUCAACUUGGACGUGGACAAGAUCACGGUGUACAGCGGCCCCGAGGGCAGCUACUUCGGCUACGCGGUAGACUUUCACAUUCCCGACGCCCGCACAGCGAGCGUCUUGGUGGGCGCACCCAAAGCCAAUACCAGCCAGCCCGACAUCGUGGAAGGGGGAGCCGUCUACUACUGUCCUUGGCCGGCCCAGGGGUCCGCGCGGUGCAGGCAGAUACCAUUUGACACCACCAACAACAGAAAGAUCAGAGUUAAUGGAACCAAAGAACCUGUAGAGUUUAAAUCAAAUCAAUGGUUCGGGGCAACAGUGAAGGCUUACAAAGGGAAAGUCGUGGCCUGUGCUCCUUUAUAUCACUGGAGGACUCUUAAACCAGCACCCGCAAAGGACCCAGUUGGCACCUGCUACGUUGCAAUUCAGAAUUUCAGUGCCUAUGCUGAGUAUUCUCCCUGUCGAAACAGCAAUGCUGAUCCUGAAGGCCAGGGUUACUGCCAAGCAGGAUUUAGUCUGGAUUUUUAUAAGAAUGGAGACCUAAUUGUAGGAGGACCCGGGAGUUUUUACUGGCAAGGUCAGGUGAUCACGGCCAGUAUUGCAGACAUCAUUGCAAAUUACUCAUUCAAGGAUAUUCUAAGGAAGCUGGCUGGAGAAAAGCAGACAGAAGUGGCCCCAGCUUCCUAUGAUGACAGUUACCUGGGAUACUCAGUUGCUACAGGGGAAUUUACUGGAGACUCUCAGCAAGAAUUGGUUGCCGGCGUUCCAAGAGGAGCACAGAAUUUUGGAUAUGUUUCAAUCAUUAACUCUACAGAUAUGACCUUUAUUCAGAAUUUCACUGGUGAACAGAUGGCAUCUUAUUUUGGGUACACUGUCAUAGUAUCAGAUGUUAACAAUGAUGGAAUGGAUGACAUACUGGUUGGAGCACCUCUCUUUAUGGACCGUGAAUUUGAGAGUAACCCUCGGGAAGUAGGGCAAAUCUACCUUUAUUUGCAAGCGAGCGCUCUCGUCUUCAGAAACCCCCAGGUCCUCACUGGCUCUGAGAUUUUUGGGAGAUUCGGUAGCUCCCUGGCGCACUUAGGGGACCUGAACCAAGAUGGAUAUAAUGACAUUGCCAUCGGGGUGCCCUUUGCAGGCAAGGACCAAAGAGGCCAAGUGCUCAUUUACAACGGGAAUCAAGAUGGUUUAAACACCAAGCCUUCCCAAACUCUGCAAGGAGUGUGGGCCUCCCAGGCCAUCCCUUCUGGAUUUGGUUUCACUUUAAGAGGAGAUUCAGACAUAGACAAGAAUGAUUACCCAGAUUUGAUCGUGGGCGCCUUUGGGACAGGAAAAGUAGCUGUUUACAGAGCGAGGCCAGUUGUGACGGUGGAUGCCGCGCUUGUGCUGCACCCAAUGAUCAUCAAUCUUGAAAAUAAAACUUGCCAGAUUCCAGACUUUAUGACACCUGUGGCCUGCUUUUCUUUAAGAGUGUGUGCGUCUGUAGCAGGCCAGAGCAUUCCAGACACAAUAGCUAUGGUGGCCGAGGUGCAGUUAGAUUCCCUGAAACAAAAAGGAGCCGUCAAACGAACCCUCUUCCUGAACAACCAUCAGUCUCAUCAUGUCUUCGCUCUUGAGAUAAAGAGACAGAAACCCCGUCAGUGCCAGGAUUUUAUCGUUUACCUUCGAGAUGAAACUGAAUUCCGAGAUAAAUUAUCUCCAAUCAACAUUAGUUUGAAUUACAGUUUGAAUGAAUCCACUUUUAAAGAAGGCCUGGAAGUGAGACCCAUAUUGAACUACUACAGGGAAAACGUUGUUAGUGAGCAGGCUCACAUCCUGGUAGACUGUGGGGAGGACAACCUCUGUGUUCCUGACUUGAAGCUGUCGGCUAGACCAGAUAAGCACGAGGUAAUCGCUGGAGACGACAAUCAUCUUAUGCUCAUAAUAAAUGCAAGGAAUGACGGGGAAGGCGCCUACGAAGCAGAACUCUUUGUGAUGAUACCAGAAGAGGCAGAUUAUGUCGGCAUUGAACGCAACAACAAGGAAUUGCGACCACUGAGCUGUGAGUACAAAAUGGAAAAUGUAACCAGGAUGGUGGUGUGUGACCUCGGGAACCCUAUGGUGGCUGGAACAAAUUAUUCUCUGGGCCUCCGAUUUGCAGUUCCACGUCUUGAGAAAACAAAUAUGAGCAUUAUCUUCGAUCUCCAAAUCAGAAGUUCCAACAAGGACAAUCCAGACAGCAAUUUUGUGAGUUUGCAAAUCAACAUCACUGCUGUAGCUCAAGUGGAAAUAAGAGGAGUGUCACACCCUCCGCAGAUCGUGCUGCCCAUUCACAGCUGGGAACCAGAGGAGGAGCCCCACAAAGAGGAGGAAGUUGGACCAUUGGUGGAACAUAUUUACGAGCUACACAAUAUUGGACCAAGCGCCAUCAGUGACACCAUUCUGGAAGUAGGCUGGCCAUUCUCCGCCCGGGAUGAAUUUCUUCUCUAUAUUUUUCAUAUUCAAACGCUGGGACCUCUACAGUGUCAAACAAAUCCUGAUAUCAACCCCCAGGACAUAAAGCCCGCGGCUCCCCCAGAAGACACCCCUGAGCUUAGCGCCUUUUUGAGAAACUCCACCAUCCCUCAUCUUGUCAGAAAGAGGGACGUGCCCGCGUUUGAGUUCCACAGACAAAGCCCGGCAAAGAUCCUGAAUUGCACAAAUAUUGAGUGUUUACAAAUCUCCUGUGUGGUGGGACGAUUAGGAGGAGGAGAGAGCGCCGUCCUGAAAGUCAGAGCAAGGCUAUGGGCCCACACAUUCCUCCAGAGAAAAAAUGAUCCUUAUGCUCUUGCAUCCCUGGUGUCCUUUGAGGUUAAGAAGAUGCCUUAUAAAAGUCAGCCAGCAAAACUCCCAGAAGGAAGCAUCGCGAUAAAAACAUCAGUUAUUUGGGCAACGCCAAAUGUGUCCUUCUCAAUCCCAUUAUGGGUAAUAAUACUAGCAAUACUUCUCGGAUUGCUGGUGCUGGCCCUUUUGACCUUAGCAUUAUGGAAGUGUGGAUUCUUUGACAGAGCAAGACCUCCCCAGGAUGAGAUGACGGACAGGGAACAGCUGACGAGUAGCAAGACCCCCGAGGCAUGACGAG